AUGUCGGCCUUCUCCAGAGGAUUUCUUCUCCAGCACCGUCUCUUUGCAAGGCCAGUACAGGCGCAAUCACCCCAGCUAAACGGCCGCCAACCUCGAUUCUUCACGAGCUCCCAAUUCCUCUGCGCAAAAACCAACCCUCCUAGCGUACCUAGAAGAGGAGCUACACCAUUGAAAUCAACCGUUCCUAAGAAGGCGUCCGGCGGACUUCCCCGCAAAGAUGCUGCAAUCUUGAAGCCCUCGAAGCUUCCCAUAGUUCAAAAUUCCCCCAAUGCCGCCCCAACGAAAACCCUCGAGUUGUCCAGAAGGAACCCCAUAUUGUAUGCCGAAUCUCUGGCCCAAAAAUCUGACCCAUCAAUAAUCUAUACCGCCCCAUCCCACACACGUCUCUUCUUUUUAUGUUCCGCAGCGGCAGCUGGUAUUAUGGCUCAAGCGGCCUACUGCAUACACAUCUAUCUUCUCCCACCCGAUGGCCUAGCCUGGUUCGUACCCUACUCCUUUGGCAUAGGGGGAAUGAUUGGAGCAGGUCUUGGAACAUGGUUGAUGUUGAGCACAUCGGGAAUCAUCAGGCAAAUCACCGCAAUCCCCAAAAAGGCCAUGAGCACAUCGCCAGUUGUGAAGAGGGCGCAAACCCACAAUUUGGAGCUCGAAGUUGAAUUCCGGAAAAUGCUGCCCGUCCCAUUUUUCCCAGCAAGGAAGAUAUAUAUCUCUCCCAGCGAAUUUGGACUACACCACCCCGUAGCUCCACAAAUGCAAGCCGAGCGGUUUGCAUAUGAGGAAAGUCGGAAGUAUGGAGCGGUCUCGCGAGCAUUGCAGGGCCUUUGGAAAGAUAGCAAGAGAGCUUGGACGAGAGAUGGCUUUGAGAAGGUAAGAAUAAACUCAAGGACCUAUAAGUUAGAUGUGACUGGGGAACAGUCUCCGGACGUUGGACAUGCUAUAGAUAAGCUGGCCGACAUUUACCGGAAACGUUGA